ACUCUACAACUGAAUACUGAUGUUACUUCGUACGUGUAUUUCGAAUGUACACAACAAAGUUACGUAGGCAUAAUAUCGAAAAAUAAUAACAUAACAUUAUUUUUAAUAUUCAUUGUUGUGAUAUUUUCUAGUGUACCGGGUCUGCGCACCACAAAUUUAAAAAUGUUAACGCCCCGCAGCCACCGGGCGGGCGCAGACGUGUACUGCCUACCCGUUCGGUCCACGGUCCACUGCCUUUCUAAUACAAAUUACAGUCAUAAUAAUAAUAAUAAGCUAUCACGAUAUUCACGUACCACAAGGAUUACUGCAUUCGCGUUCGCGUUACGAAUUCCGAUGGUAGUCUCUCACUAUAGCUGCUGUUCACCAGACACGAACUCGUUAGUUAUUAUUACCAGUCGUCAAUAGACGUUUACACGUCUCUAUAAUAGUACUCGUUCGUCGGUCAUCGUCUCACUCGCCGUCGCUUGUUAUUUUUUGUUAAUACAUUCCUACCACCGUUUUGUCUAGGACUUGUUGGUCACUUGCGUUUUCGGUGUUCCAUAAAACACUGUCGCCUACGACAAGACUGUACCGCAAAUCGCCAUGGCUGCCGGCAAAGUAUUGGUUUAUGGAGGAAAAGGAGCGUUGGGAUCGACGUGCAUAUCUUUCCUUUCGUCCCAAAAAUAUUGGGUUGGAUCUAUAGAUCUAACACGAAAUGACAGUGCAAAUGCUAAUGUGAUUGUGGAACGUAAUGCUACAAUAUUAGAACAAGAAUCACAAAUUUUGAAGGAGCUUGAUUCCGUUCUAGGAUCUGAAAAAUUAGAUGCUGUAAUAUGUGUUGCUGGUGGUUGGGCUGGUGGUAGCUCGAGCUCUGACGAUUUUGUAAAAAAUACUGAUAUGAUGUUAAAACAAAGUGUUUGGAGCUCAGUAUUAGCUUCAUCUAUUGCAUCUAAGUUCUUAAAACCUGGAGGUAUUUUAGUAUUGACUGGUGCUAAAGCUGCUUUAGGACCCACACCAGGAAUGAUUGGUUAUGGUUUAGCUAAAGCAGCAAUACAUCAUUUGACAAAAUCAUUAGCUGAUGAAAAUGGUGGUUUACCAAYAGGAGCUCAGGCUCUUUCAAUAUUGCCUGUGACACUUGACACACCCAUGAAUCGUAAAUGGAUGCCCAAAGCUGAUACUUCAACGUGGACUCCAUUAGAAUUUGUUGCAGAAUUAUUUUCUAAAUGGAUUAAAAAUGAAGAAAGACCUCCAAAUGGUUCACUUGUUCAGUUAAAUACAAAGGAAAAUAAAACAACUUUAGUAUUUGAAUAAUUUUUUAAAUGUAAAAUAAAAAAACAUUUCAAAUCUUCAAAUUUCUA